GAUCUCCAUAAGUUUUCAUUAAAACUUGGUACCCGUUAUUCGUUCCUUCCUCAUUUUAAUCUGCGCGUAAAAUACAUGGAGCCUUUAUUGACAUUAAUUAAAGAAGUUGUGGACAACAAAUCGCAAACACCCUCCCUAAGUAACAACAUAUCGAUACAACCUAAUCCGCAAAAUUACUCGCCUAAUAAAAAUAAUAAGGAAAAUAGUAGUAUAAAGAAAAAUCAACAAAAGGACAAUAUCAUAGAUGAGUUCGUACCUGAAUCGGAACAUUUAGAUUUUUUGUUACCGCAAUCUCCCAGCCAACCGUCUUCAUUCUUUUCACAAGUUUCCUCAGGUCACAAAUUGUCAAAGAUCGAAGAACACUCAGGAAAGCUGACAACAAUAAAAGAGUCAAAGUUGGAAAAUCGACUGUUACUUCCUACGACAACGACUCUGAGCAGAAGCUCAUCUGAAGAGUCUGCGUCUUUAAGGGAGUUGGAAGCAAAAGAUUUGACGGUGUUGGGGGAAGAAAAUGGCGGGCGGGAUAGUUAUGGGACAUUUCAAAGUCGUGUAUAUAAUCACAAUAGAGAUGGACUUUCUAGAAUAUUGGAGGGAAAAAAUGAUAAAAAUUGUGAAGAGAGCUCGAUUAAUCCCAAAAAUAUUACUAACGUCACACCUGUUACAUCCAGUCCUGAGACAUCGACCGAUGUGUCAUCUAUUUUACAUCCAUCUUUAUCAGUUUCCUUGGAUUCCAUUCAUUCCGAAAAAUCCGUGUUUGGUGAUAUGUAUAGUGCAAUUAGAGAUGGUCAUCCUGACGUGGCAGUUUCGCCAUGUCCCUCACCUACUCCGAUAUCAAAUACGAAACCACUGAGGACCUCUAAGGAUACGAAAACCGGUAUAUUGCGUUCAAUGGAAGAUAAGUACCCAAGUCCUGGUGCUUACUUUGCCCUAAGAAGUGGACCCAUGGGGGAUCUGAGUGGCGGUUUGUCCCCUCAUAAAAGGCCAAAAUUUCUAUCUAAUCAGAACACAAAUAGGAAUGAACGAUUUCCUGCUCCUUCAAUAGACACUUCACGGCCAGAACGCAGCAUGUCGGGGCGCAUGGCAAUGGAAGGUUGGCCUACUUCUCCACGUCGGAUGCAACUGGUAAGUCCGCGCUUCAAGUCUUUAACUGAUUUGGUGGAAGAUCCCGAAGGUUCAGAACAACAGUCAGAAGUACUAGCUUUGCAAUCAAAAUCCAUAUCAUCGAAUAAUGAAAGUUCCGUAGCCCCCUCGCCGGGCUCUUUGCUUGCGAUCAUUGAAGAUACGGAAAAUGAAGAAGAGUCAACAGAAGAUAAAAAUUGUGAAGAGCCUGAACAAGACCAUGACAUAAAUGCAAAAUCAAAAAAUGAUGGGCGAUCGAGAAGUUCGCGUCUCGUGGAUUUGCUGCCUAGCGAUAAUGGGACCAUAUUAUCUUCGCAUAUAGGUGCUCAAUCACUUAGAAUGCAUAAGCCGUCUCUGCCUUAUGACAGUGGUGCAAGGGAGUCAUCCGAUAGUAUUCUAGAAGACAUGAAGUCCAUUUCUAAAGUGAUAAUUAGUGAUGAAACUUCUGAUCAAGAGGAUUGCCAAGAUGAAGAACAAAAGGAAAAAUCAAAAAGUCGUAACGAAAAACGUUUAUCCGGUUCCUUCAAAUCAAAUUUAAUAGGCAUUAAGAAACCUAAAGAAGAGUCGAAACCGGAACCUAUAAAAAAUUCGACUGGUUCAAGAAUAACUUCGCGUUUUUCUUCAAUUCAAGUUAGACGAACCACCCCUCAAAUGCUAACUGUAAAAACUCCAUUACCUAUGCUAUCCGAGACUGAAGAUGAUGAAGAAGAUAUGGAUUUUAUUUCUGAUGGUACAAAUGAACGGCCUAAAUUACCAAGAUCUUCUGAAAACUCUGAUGUGUCAACACCCUCGACUCCAAUGACACCAUCUGUACAAUCGGCCCCUGUGACCCCUGCUAAUUCUAAGUCGCAUUCAUGGCGUUGGCCAAAAAGACCUUUCAGCCCUGCUCGAGGGAAAAACAAAGAAACAGAGCGUAUUCAAAAGAACGAUAAUCCCGCAGAUCAUAUAGGGAAAGUGGGGAACAUAUGGGCAAAAAAGACAUUGGGACAAUUGCGAAUAUAUCAUCAGCGUCACAGUCCCAGCAUAUUAAAUAAAGGGUUUGGACUGCCAAGUCCUCUGAAAGAGUCAUCAAGUCCGUUGUUGUCUCCUAUGAGCGAUCUGUCAGAUGCGAAAAAAUCACCGGCGAUAGUGAUUCCAGAACAACCUUUGGAAACCAUAAAUGAAGAAGAUGAAGAGGAUGACGGAAUUGGUGUUUGGUCAAGCGAAGAAGUUGACCUUACUGAUUCUGGGGUUGAGGAGAAAAGCCCUAGAUCUCCAACAGUAGUACCCCCUCAGAUUAUUGAAGAACCAGAGGAACCGCGCGGUAUGAAAGUUUCUCCAGAACAUCUGACAGUGGUUGGUGGUCCGAUCAUCAACAAGAAUAGUCCAAAUGCCUCGACCUCUUCCCUUCCGUUACGGAGCAGUCCAAGUAAUUCAUCACUGGCCAAGCACAAUGCCAAACCGGUAUUUGAAAGCACAUUCAUGAUUUCUAAUCAUGCUGAUGAACCCCUUCGAUAUGAAAUUCUAUGGCCUGCGUUCCGGUUUGAUGUCUCCCCGGCAUAUGGAGUUGUCAAGCCUAAGAGCGUGACGGUCAUAAAAAUAUCGGUUAUGAAUAAACACCUUGCUGCCCAGUCGCGACGUGAAGAGAUCAGAGAAUCUAAGAGAUUGAUGGGAAUCCUUAAAGGUCCGGCGCAGAACGAUGAAGAUAGGCCCUUGAUGGGUAGAACUAGGAUACUGGUACUCUGUGAAAAUGGAGAACGAGGAGAAGUUAUAGUUGAUGUUGUACCACCAAGAAAGAAGACAAAAGGGGAAGCUGAAAAUUCUCGUGCAUCAAAGGAUAAAAAAGAAACUGAAGAUAAAAAUUUCAUCCGGAGGCUUAGUAAAUCAGGCGGCAGAAGUCUCACUCGAACCGUUGAUGAUUUAAUAAAGGCCGCCAGAGCUAGAAAAAAGAAAGCCGCCAAACCCGAAGAAGGAAGUCCGCGAUCGACGAGUGCUUCCAGGGGAAAGUCCACUGUAAGCAAGGCAACUGGAUCCUCUAGCAAGCCUUCGGGAACACCUAAUUUAAGAAGAAACACCUCAAGUCGACCUACAAGUCGACCCAGUAGUCCAGAGAGUAAUAUUAAGCAACAUGGCCCCGUGCGAAAGCAUAUGACAACAUCCUCAAGUCGGAGUCGACCUAAUACCCCCGAUACGCAUAGAUCACAAAGUGAACACACAUCGCCUUCACCUAUUAGCCGUUCUCGUACUCCUGAUGAAAAUAGACUCGGAAAGCAAUAUCCACAACGUAAAAACUUCAUUUAUAUUGGUGUCCCUGGAAAUGUAAGCUGUCCAGAUACUAUAAUCCGUGAAGAAAAUCACAGCGUUUUCCGUAUACACAAUCCUACAAAUAAGCCCGUUACCUGGCAUCUUAAAACUGUCACAAAUCCUUUUCUCCGUCGUUCUGAUUCCACCAAUUCUUCACAAAAAAUAAAUGACGAAGUUUUCCUAAUAAUGAAGACCAGUGGAUUGCUUCGAGCUGGUACCACCGAGAAAGUUGUCGUGAGUUUUCGCCCCAUGCUAGCUGGUACAUAUUAUCAAAGUUUUAUGUUAGAAGAUUCUUCGAGCCCGGAAACUUCGGCUGGGGGUAUUACUAUUCGUAUACAAGGCGAAGGAAAGGUUGACUCAUCCAGUCAAUCCAAAGUGGAUACGAGAAAAAGCACUAACUCUAAAGCGGUAGACUUCGAAGUUUCUGAAAAAAAGAUUCUGAUACCUACAACUAGAGUAGGCAGACGGAAAUCUGUAGGGAUCAAGAUAAAUAAUCCUUCUAACCAAUUAAUAAGGAUAAAAUGCAAAUGUGAAGUAGAAGGAAGUAGCAUUUCAAGUUCGAUCUUAUCAAUACCUUUGUCCAGUGUUCAAAUCAAACCGCGUGCAUUUGUAUUAUUACCUGUGCGUUUUUUGCCAAAAGAAGUGGGAGAAGUUCGAGCCAUUGUCAAGUUGCAAGCCGUUGGAAGAAGCGAAGUUCAAGUCGAUAUAGUAGCAGAGGGUGUGACGGACACAUCGACGACAAACUAG